AUGUCAAAAGUCCAAAUAAAAGAUAUUGCACUUGCAAAAAUUGAGGAUUUGCUCCAGUCAAAUGGCAGGUCAUUGAAAGAAUAUUGUGGAAUGCCAUAUCCUUCAGAAAAUUUGGUGUCCAGCUUACAAGACAGAAUUAUAAUGGAAAAGUUGAACUUUGACGUUAAUGCUCUUGCGAAUGAACUAGGUGGGUAUUUAGAAAGGCUAACUAAUGAGCAAAAAUUUGCAUACGAUCAAAUAAUUGGUGCUGUUAGCGGUAAUAUGGGUGGACUUUUCUUCUUAUACGGUCAAGGUGGUUGUAGAAAAACGUUCUUAUGGUCAACUAUAUCAUGCUCAAUUAGGUCUAAAGGAGGUAUCGUUUUAAAUGUUGCUUCGAGUGGGAUUGCUGUACUUUUGUUGCCUAAUGGAAGAACUGCACAUUCAAGGUUUAAAAUUCCUUUGGCCAUAAAUGAGGAUUCUUUGUGUAGCAUUAAACAAGGAAGUCCUCUUGCAAAGGUUUUGAAGCUUACAAAAAACAUGAGAUUGUCACUAGAUGAAAACAACAACAUACAAAAACACAGAAAUUUUGCAGAAUGGCUACUCAAAAUUGGUGAUGGUUUGGCUGGUGAUACAACAGAUGGUGAAUCGAUCGUUCAUAUACCAUCUGACAUUUUGAUUAAGAACUCUGAGACAGCUUUGGAUGACCUCAUUGAUUUCGUGUAUCCAGAUAUGUUAUCCAAUUUAUCUGUUGAAAAUUAUUUCAAGGAUAGAGCAAUUCUUGCACCAACUUUGGAUUGUGUCAGUGAUGUCAACAACAAGAUGACUGCAGGAUUACCUGGACAUGAAAGAGUCUACUUAAGUUCAGACUCUGUGUGUGCUGAAGAGGAAAAUAUGGAAUUUGAGUUAGAUGCUUUCUCGCUGGAGAUUCUAAAUGGAAUAAAUUGUUCAGGUCUACCACCACACAAGUUGGUUCCAAAGAUUGGCGCUCCUGUUAUGUUGCUGAGGGGAGGCAGGGAGGGGAACGGCGGCGGCCUUGGUGGGGGGGGGGGAAGGGGAACGGGGUGGAGAACGGGGACAGGGGGAGGGGGAGGGGGAGGGGGAGGGGGAGGGGGAAGGGGACAGGGGAAGGGGAGGCAGGGAGGGAGACGGUGGCGGCGUUAG